GGAGAAGGGUAUCCAAGAUGGAGGCUUGGCUGUCCUUUUACAAAUCCAAGACGGACAUUACAUAAUACAGUUGGAACGCAUGGUGAACCCAGAGGAAGUGAACCAGACGUCCAUCACAGAAUUCAUCCUCCUGGGAUUCGGGAAUUUUCCUAAUCAACAAACUCUUCUCUUCCUGCUGUUUCUAGUGAUCUACAUCACAACCAUGGCCGGUAACAUCCUCAUCGUUGCACUGGUUGUGACUGAUCAGCACCUUCACACCCCCAUGUACUUCUUCCUGGGGAACUUGUCCUGCUUGGAGACCUGCUACACCUCCACCAUCCUGCCCAGGAUGCUGGUUGGUCUUCUGACUGGGGACAGGACUAUUUCAUUCAAUGGGUGUGUCAUACAAUAUUAUUUCUUUGGUUCUCUGAUUGCAACAGAAUGCCUUCUCCUCUCAGUGAUGUCUUACGAUCGGUAUUUAGCCAUAUGCAAUCCACUGCACUAUGCAGCCCGUAUGAGUGGCAGGGCUCGUCUCCAGCUUGCAUGUGGCUCUUGGAUAGGUGGCUUCCUAGGUAAUAGCAUAACAACAUUGUCAAUAUCUCAGUUAACUUUCUGUGGCCCUAACGUUAUUGACCAUUUCUUUUGCGAUUUCAUCCCCCUUAUAAAACUGUCCUGCAAUGACUCUCACCUGAUGGAAACAUUGGCUUUCCCACUCAGCUUGGUUUUCUUACUGGUCCCAUUCCUUCUUACCUUGAUGUCCUAUGUCUGCAUCAUUUUCACCAUCCUGAGAAUCCCGUCCACCACUGGGAGGCAAAAGUCCUUUUCCACCUGCUCCUCCCACCUCAUUGUGGUGAGCAUUUAUUAUGGAACUCUGCUGAUUGUCUACAUGUUCCCAACCACUGACAUCCUAAGGGACUUCAAGAAAGUUCUCUCUGUCGUCUAUGCCGUCCUGACCCCGCUGGUCAAUCCGCUCAUCUACAGCCUGAGAAACAAAGAGGUCCAGGAGGCCCUGAGGAAAGCUUGCAGGAAAUUCAUGUUUGGAACAUGCUAACCAGACAAUUUCCUUUGGUUAAAGUAGAUACAACAAUGGCUGGGGUAGGGCCUGAAGCGAAGCCUGGUGUAGUCCCAGGUCGUGUUUCCCUGAGCUCCACUGGGCUUCGUGUCCUGCUCUUACACAGUGUCUCUCAACCUUUCCAGACUACUGUACCCCUUUCAGGAGUCUGAUUUGUCCGUGUAUCCCCAAGUUUCACCUCACUUAAAAUCUAUUUACUUACAAAA